UCAGUAGCUGGUGUCAGCAGAGCCCGGGGCUGCCCCAGGGACUGGUUCCAGCCACCCGAGAAAGUCCCCACCUGGGCUGGGCACAGAGGAGACUUCAAUUAAAGUCUCUACUUAACUUAGCAGAGACACCUUUGGGGAACAGCAGCUGCUCAGCCAGGGAUCCCAGCAGCAGCGUCUUAUAACAGGCUUUAGCACUAACUCAGAUUCAGGAGCCGCAGGGUUUCUUAUUCCUGUUCUUUGUUCUCUCUACUUCACAGUCUCCCCUUUUCCCAGAACUAGCUACAACAACUCUCGGCUGCUUCGUCCCCUUCAACUUUAUCCCAACCUCAGCUGCUGCAGCCCUCACUGGGACAGCGACUUUCUGCAGCUGGAAGGAACCAGCCCCAGACCCUGCACAGAUUGUCUGGGGGAGAAGCCUGCAUUAACCCUUCACUAGACCUGGCUCUGUCUCCCCAGGCCCCCGGGCUGUGACAAGAGGGGUGAGUCACUGCAGCUCAGCUCAGCUCAGCUCAGGGCCUGCUGGGAACAGGAGGAAGGAAACGCCCCAACUCCAGCCAAACAAGCUUCUCUGCUCUCAGGAAAGUGAAACUAAACUGCAGCGGCUGUUUCCCGUUUGCAGAGGAGCCAUGGCUGCCGGGGACCUGGCAGGGAGCUUCCAGGACGAAGUGACUUGCUCCGUCUGCCUGGAGUAUUUCACAGACCCGGUGACUAUUGAGUGUGGGCACAACUUCUGCCGGGCCUGCAUCAGCCAGUGCUGGGGGGAGUCGGAGUCAAACUUCUCCUGCCCCCAGUGCAGAGAAACCGCCCUGCAGCGAAACCUGCGGCCCAACAGGCAGCUGGGGAACCUGGUGGAGUUAGUGAAACGACUGAGGCUCCAGGCGGUGACAGAGCCCGAGGGGCAGAGAAUGUGUGAGAGGCACCAGGAGGCUCUGAAACUGUUCUGUGAAGAGGAUCAAACCCCCAUCUGUGUGGUGUGCGACAGAUCCCGGGCUCACCGCGCUCACACGGUGGUUCCCAUCGAGGAGGCUGCCCAGGAGUACAGGGAGCAAAUUCUGAGCCGCCUGCAGCAUCUGCAGGAGGAGAGAGAAGAGCUCCUGGGACUGAAAUCCGACUGGGACAAGGAAAGUGAGAGGCUCCUGAGGCAGACGGAAGUGGAGAGGCAGCUGGUGGUGUUUGAGUGCGAGCAGCUGCGCCAGUUCCUGGCUGAACAAGAGCGCCUCCUGCUGGCCCGGCUGGGAGAGCUGGACCAGGAGAUUGGGAGGAGGAGGGAGGAAAACGCCACCCACCUGUGUGAGGAGAUUUCCCAGCUCAGCGCCCUGAUCACAGAGCUGGAGGGGAAGUGUCAGCAGCCUGUGCCGGAAUUGCUGCAGGGUGUCAGAAGUGCCGUGAGAAGGGGCGAGAAGGUGAUGUCUCCACAUCCGGCUCCCAAGUCCCCUGAGCUGGAAAAGCGAAUCAGGGAUUUCCCUCGAGAGAACAAACUCCAGGAGGCUGUGACGGGAUUCCUGGAGGGGCUGGCUGCAGAGAGAGGACUCAGAAGAGCCCGAGGAUUCGCAGUGGAUGUGACUCUGGAUCCAGACACAGCAAAUCCCAACCUCGUCCUGUCUGAGGAUCGGAAACAUGUGAGACAUGGAGACGAAGAACAGGCUCUGCCUGACAAUCCUGAGAGAUUUGACGCUUACCCUGAAGUUCUGGGCACUGAAGGAUUCACGGGCGGGAGGCAUUACUGGGAGGUGGAGGUGGGAGACAAGCCUGACUGGAUGCUUGGGGUUUGUAGGGAUUCUGUCAUCAGGAAGGGGGAGAAUGAUGUAUCACUUGAGGAUGGAUACUGGGUCGUGCAGCUGGCGGAUGGGAAAUACGAGGGCCUCACCUCCCCCACAACCCCCCUCCCCGUGAGCGUCAGGCCCAGCCGGGUGGGGAUUUUCCUGGACUAUGAGGCGGGCGAGGUCUCGUUUUACAAUGUGACUGACAGGUCCCAUCUCUACACUUUCACUGGCACCUUCCACGGGAAGCUCCGCCCUUAUUUCUAUCCUGGUCUCAACGCUGGGGGUACAAAGACGGCUCCCCUGAUAAUCUGCCCGGUCUCAGCUCAGGCCGAAGGGAAUCUCUAUAUCACUGUGCUCUCCCCUCUUGAUCCCCAGCACCAGGCCUGUGAGCUGGGAGAGUGGAGAGGGGCAGAGAAGGAGGUGAGGAAAGUGAAGAACAAGAGAGAGACGAUUGCAGGUGAAUUUAACAAACUGCACACACUGCUGAGAGAGGAGGAGCAGCUGCUUCUUCAGAGCCUGGAGGAGGAGGAGAAGGAGACUCUGCAGAGACUACAGGAAAAUGUAACCAAACUCUCCCAGCAAAGCUCCUCUCUGCAGCAGCUGAUCACAGAGAUCGAGGAGAAGUGUCAGCAACCAGUUAUCGAGCUGCUAAAGGAUGUGAAAACCACAUUGAGCAGGAGUGAGAAUGUGAAACUCUGGGAACCAGAAGCUGUUUCUACUGACCUGAAGAAUGUGUAUAAAAUCCGGAGCUGCCUGGAUAUGCGAGAAAUCCUGAAGAGAUUCGCAGUGGACGUGACUCUGGAUCCAGACACGGCUCAUCCCUACCUCGUCCUGUCUGAGGAUCGGAAACGUGUGAGACACGGAGACAAACGCCAGGAUCUGCCCAACAACCCUGAGAGAUUUGAUACGUACCCUGAAGUUCUGGGCGCUGAGGGGUUCGCGGGCGGGAGGCAUUACUGGGAGGUGGAGGUGGGAGAGAAGACAGGCUGGGACCUGGGGAUUUGUAGGGAAUCUGUGAGCAGGAAGGGGCAGGACACAUACAGACCUAGGAAUGGAUACUGGAUUCUGUGGCUGAGGGGUGGGCGAUACAAGGCCCUCACCUCCCCUCCGACCCCCUUCCCAGUGAGCGUCAGGCCCAGCCGGGUGGGGAUUUUCCUGGACUAUGAGGCGGGCGAGGUCUCGUUUUACAAUGUGACUGACAGGUCCCAUCUCUUCACUUUCACUGACACCUUCUCCGGGAAGCUCCACCCUUAUUUCUGUCCUGGUCACAACCCUGGGGGUACAAACGCGGCUCCAUUGAUAAUCUGCCCUGUCCCAGCUCAGGCCGGAGGGAAUCUCUGUCCCUGACAGUGACCCCGCGGCACAGACUGGCCCUUCCCAGCCCUGCUGCUCUUCCCACCCCCAGUGGUGGGGGCCAGUUACU